GCGUCUGUCGGGGAGCUCGGGCCGGUCCUCCCUGAGGAGGAGGUUAAGUGACCUCCCUGAGCUCUUGAAAAACCCGUCUCUGGUGGAGUCAGCUCAGGACUGCUUAGGGUCUCUGGGGGUAAGGUACAACUGUCCCUGAAGCUAGGUCACAUUCAAGUUUGGAACAGGGAGUCUUGACCUUCAUUGUUUCUGUUUCUCUCUGUGGAACCGAAAACCUCGGUAAAUUUGCCUUUGGAACAGAGUUACAGUUUGCAUGUGAAACCACUGUUCUAAGUCCUACUUAGAGAAGACUGUUGACACCAGUUGGAAUGGUUCCAAUAACCUACCUUGCAAAACGCUUCAGAUUCACAGAAUUUGCUUUGUAAAAACAAUAAGAGAGGUGUCAGAGUUUUCCAUUUAGAUCGACAACUUCAAAUUCUCAGCAUGGAAAACUCAGAGAAGACAGAAGUGGUUCUCCUUGCUUGUGGUUCCUUUAAUCCUAUCACCAAUAUGCACCUCAGGCUGUUUGAGCUGGCCAAGGACUACAUGAAUGGAACAGGAAAAUAUGAAGUUAUCAAAGGCAUAAUUUCUCCCGUCGGCGAUGCAUAUAAGAAGAAAGGGCUCAUCUCUGCCCAUCACCGAGUUACCAUGGCAGAACUCGCCACCGAGAACUCAGAAUGGUUGGAAGUCGAUACGUGGGAAAGUCGUCAACAGGACUGGGUAGAGACCGCCUCGGUGCUAAGACACCAUCAAGAGAAGCUGGAGGCCAGUAGCUGUGAUCACCAGCAGGACUCACCUGUACUGGAAAGGCCUGGGCGGAAGAGGAAGUGGGCUGAGCAAAGACAAGAUUUUAGUCAAAAGAAAUCACUAGAGCAAAGAAAAACAAAAGGUGUGCCAAAGGUGAAGUUGCUGUGUGGAGCAGAUUUCUUGGAGUCCUUUGGUGUGCCCAAUCUGUGGAAGGGUGAGGAUAUCACCAAAAUCGUGGGAGACUAUGGGCUCAUAUGUAUUACUCGGGCUGGAAAUGAUGCCCAGAAAUUCAUCUAUGAAUCCGACGUGCUGUGGAAACACCAGAACAACAUUCACCUGGUGAAUGAAUGGAUCACCAAUGACAUCUCAUCCACAAAGAUCCGGCGAGCCCUCAGAAGGGGCCAGAGCAUUCGCUACUUGGUGCCAGACCUUGUCCAGGAAUAUAUUGAGAAGCAUAGUUUGUAUAGCUCCGAGAGUGAGGAGAGGAAUGUUGGGGUGAUCCUAGCUCCUCUGCAGAGAAAAACUGCAGAAGCUGACACAUAAGAAAUUCUCCAGCAUAGUAUUGUGGACUUCCCUUUUGGGAAUUUGAAACAGUGUGGGUGUUAGUAAAUGGGGGAAGGAAUUGUGAUCCUCUUUAAUAAAUUAAAGUUUAAAGGGUUGGUAAAAAUCAGUAGUAGUUUAAAAUCAGGUUUAUCUUUAUCAGAAGUUACUAAGAUGAAUAAUUUAAAUUUUUUUUUUUUUUAGGAAUAUACAAAUCCCUUUAUCUUUAAAACAAGAGAUUAGUAGCAGAGCUAAUUGUAGAAGAACAUUAUAGAAGAACAUUCAAUAUGCAAAUCCCUUUAUCUUUAUUUUUUAUUAUUAUUAUUUUUAUAAAUUUAUUUAUUUAUCUUGGCUGCGUUGGGUCUUCGUUGCUGUGCGCGGGCUUUCUCUAGUUGCGUCGAGCCGGGGCUACUCUGCGUUGCGGCGCGCAGGCUUCUCAUUGCGGUGGCUUCUCUUGUUGUGGAGCACGGGCUCUAGGCGUGUGGGCGUCAGUAGUUGCGGCAUGCAGGCUCUAGAGCGUAGGCUUCAGUAGUUGUGGCGCACGGGCUUAGUUGCUCCGUGGCAUGUGGGAUCUUCCCGGACCAGGGCUCGAACCCGUGUCCCCUGCAUUGGUAGGUGGAUUCUUAACCGCUGCGCCACCAGGGAAGUCCCCUCUUUAUCUUUAAAACAAGAGAUUAGUAGCAGAAUUAAUUGUAGAAGAACCUUGUAGAAGAACAUUCAAUCAAACUAACUACAAAAAGAAUUCAAAAAAGACAUCCUGGCUUUACCACAGAAAGAGAAGUAAAGUGUGAAAAGUAAAGAGACCGUUUAAGAUCCUAAUUUUAGUUACGAAAGGAACGAACAUUUUAUGCAUGCCUUUUUUCCUGGGCAGCCCUCACUCAGGGUGGCCAAAGAAUUCUUAAAAUAGUGAUCUUGUAAAAUGCAUCACUGAUCAGUCAUCUCCAGCUGUGCAAAAUACCGGCUGUGAAGUCCUGGCAGAAACUAUGCCAGGAGUUGGUUCUCUCCGGCACACAUCAGAAGGCCAGUGAAGCUUUGCUAGGCACGCUUGCCUGCAGCCCCACCUGUAGAGGCAGGGAGAGGGGCCCGAGCCCUGGAAUGUUUAGAAAGGUACACGGGUGUUUCUGAUGUCCGCGAGAGGCAGGGAGCCUCUGCCUUCCCCAUGUUAUGCAAAGAUUCUCUUAGCACAGCCCUGUUGUGGCUCGUGGUCCAGCCCUGGCCAUCUGCCAUCUCUGUGUAGAAGGGAUGUCUGCUACCUGAAACAGAGAGAACCACAGAGAAUGAGAGAUCUCACUCAAGGAUUUUGUGAGGUGUGAAUGCUCUUAGCCUUUACCGGUAGCUGAAUCAGAUGGUGAAAGGACAUGAGAAAUGCCGCUGGACCAGCGGCAUUACUGGACCAGCCCAGCGGUUCCUCUUUCUUUUUGUGGCUGCGUUGGGUCUUCGUUGCUGUGCGCGGGCUUUCUCUAGUUGCAGCGAGUGGGGGCUGCUCUUCAUUGUGGUGCACGGGCUUCUCACUGCAGUGGCUUCUCUUGUUGCGGAGCACGGGCUCUAGCCGCGCAGGCUUCAGUAGUUGUGGUAUGUGGGCUCAGUAGUUGUGGCAUGCAGGCUCAGUAGUUGCGGCACACAGGCUCUAGAGCACCGGCUCAGUAGUUGUGCUGCAUGGGCUUAGUUGCUCCGUGGCAUGUAGGAUCUUCCUGGACCAGGGCUCGAACCCACGUACCCUGCAUUGGCAGGCAGAUUCUCAACCACUGCACCACCAGGAAAGACCCCCAGCAGUUCCUUUAGCUCAGAAUUUUGGUUCCUGAUGAGCGGCUUGUGGAAGAAAUCUCCACAGCCUCAAUCUAAAACUCUCGAGUUUCUGAAGACCCCUGCUGUUUCUAUUCCAGCCCACUGUGAACCUGCCAUUUGUGGAUUUAAGCAGAAAAAGAGUCUGUUUUCUUAUACUUUUUCUCUUCUUGUCCUUUUGUAGAAACUUUACCCAAAGUAGAACACUCAAAUAAUCAUUGAAGUCAUAAUGUUAUGUUAAAAACACAAACUUGGGGCUUCCCUGGUGGCGCAGUGGUUGAGAAUCCGCCUGCCGAUGCGGGGGACACGAGUUCGUGCCCCGGUCCGGGAAGAUCCC